AUGACAGCCGCCCAGCCUGGCCAGCCACCCACCGCCUGCCUGCUGCACGGCCCCCACCACACUGAGCCCCGCCCCGCACCCUCAGGACAGGCGGCAGCACCCACUACACCUGGCGGGCAGCUGCUGGGCCACUGGCUGUGUCCAGGUGAGGCGUGCCGCGGGGCGGAGCCAGCACAGGUGAGUGAGGGCCGUGACGGAGGGCAGGGGCGGGCGCCGGCCAGCUGUCAGGCCCUGGAGGGUGUCCGGGCGGCCCCAGUGCCAGGCGGCCAGGCGCGGCGCCCCCAGCAGCAGCAGGAGGCAGGCAGGAGGGCAAUGCUCCCACACGCCUCGCCGCGCCCCCGCCACGCCGCACCCCGCCAGCCCGGCACGCCCCGGCCCCAGCCCUGGCAGCCUCCCCGCCGCCACCUGAGGCCUGCUGGGGGCGGGCAGCGCCGACCCGGAGGAGGCGAGGGCCGAGGAGCUGGCGGAGGAGAGGCAGGCAGGUCGUCACGUAGGCCUCCUGCCUCCAACGGCCGGGACGCCCCUCGCCCGCGGCCCACACGCCCCCGCGCCCACCGCACGCCCGCCCACAGGCACGCACCGCGCCCCGACACUCCACGCCGCCGCUAA